AUGAAGGCUGGAAUACCAGCCUUUAUAGCAGGAAUUCUUGGUGGCAUUGGUGUUCUCCUGUUUCUCAUAGCUUUUGGGACAGAUUAUUGGCUCCUAGCAACAGAGACCUGUGGAAUCUUUGAAACUGAAAAUAAAACUCUUCACACCACAGAGGAUGAGGUUUUGAGCGAGGUCAGAAAAGAGAUCCUCACUUUUCACCAUGAAGGUUUCUUUUGGAGAUGCUGGUUCUAUGGCGAGGGUUAUGAGGAGACGAUAUGGAACUUCUGGUUCACUAGCCAAGCACAUCCCAAGUAUUGCAUGCAUGGCUACCUGUUUCCUAUGCCCAUUGCUCUUGGACCUUUCCCUCAUCCUUCCUAUGAUGCUUCCGCAGUGUACAGAGGUUUCUGGACUGCAUUCAUUGUACUAGCUGUCGCUGCCAGUCUGGUGGGAGGAUUCCUGUUGGUGUGUGGUGUGCCCUUUUUCAAUGCUAGAUUUUAUAAAAUAGGAGGUGGAUUCCUCAUCACAUCUGGAGGCUUAUUUUUCCUGCUCAUAUUUCUCUUUGUGAUGUGGAAGGAGUUUGCAGCUGAUCUCCAGAAAUACAUACUUCUGGAAAGAAGUGAAAAAUGCAUGGACGAUGUCCCUGUAAAUGUGUAUUAUGGAUGGUCAUUUAUGUUUGCUGCAACUGGGGUUCCCUUGGUUUUACUUUCUGGACUUCUCUUUUAUCUUGUUGGCCGAAGCAUUCUGCCAGAAGUGGAGUAAACAAGCUGUGCGGCUGAAAAACCCUCUGAGAAGAUCUUUGAAACCACCUGAAAAUAAGGACAAAACUGUUUCGGGGACUAGACAAUUUUUGUAGCUUAGGUGCUUAAGGGUCAUUGUUAAAUGAUGCUAAAGAACACUGGAAAUAUAAACCCAGUCAUUUCAAAUAGAGCUGAUUCUGAACCAAAACCCCAGUGCCAAAAUAUCCAAAUAGCUUUCCCAUCCUUAUCAUGGGAAAGACCAAAGGUCCAGAUACAAACAUGUAGACUUGUAAAAACAUCAAUGUUCAGAUUCAGACCCAAAUUUUACAGCUCUGGUUCAAUUCUCACUUCAAAAUCAGUGUAAUAAUCUUCAUUUUGUAAUAGACUGGGCAUAUCUAAAACCAGGCUGUGGGCUUCACUAUUUAUAUGUAUU